UCUUUCAGCUACCGACCACGCUACCACUCUCCUUCUCCUCCUCUUCCAACGGAUAACCCCAAUGGCCGCCUCCACGACCCCAAGUCUCUCACCCACCACCGCAACCACCGGCACCACCACCUCUCAGACGCACCAAUCCCUCCACUUCUUCUCCAAACUGCCCAUCCCUGGCUUCGCUUCCAAAAACCACAGACCAAUAACCAAGCUCCACGUCUCCUCCCCAACCAACAAGCCCACCAUCCCCGCCUCCACCUCCAAAAGGCCCAGCGAAGAGACCAUAUUCUUCGACGGUGGAGCCCACUACGGUGAUCUUCUAGCCAACCUUCUUCUGGGUUUCACUCUGUUUUGGCUACCCUUGACUUUGGCAGCGGUUUCAAGGGCCUUCACUUUGAGGUACAGGUUCACCAACCUGCGGGUGACAGUUAUUUCUGGAUUGACGGGUCAGGAUAGGAGUGAUUUUUCGUACAAUGUGAUCAAGGACGUCCAGGUAGUGCCACGUUUCAUCGGUGAGUGGGGCGACAUUGUCAUCACUCUGAAGGACGGUACCAAGGUGGACCUUAGGAGCGUGCCCAAGUUCAGAGAGAUUGCCAAGUACUGCCUCGCCAUGGCCGAGAAGCCUGCGGUUUCGAAGGACAGAGAGCCUAAAGGGUUUUAGAGAGUUUUGGUUUGGUUUAAUUUAGUGAGCCCCUUUUCUUUUCAGGUAUGUAAAUUUUGUGGUUAACAUAGCAAUCUGCCUAUUAUGAAAUUAAAUAAUUGGUGGGAAUUUCUUUUAUGAUGAUUAUAAUUAAUUUAUAUGGCUUUUUUUAAUUA